ACUAAGAAUGAUAAUUUACUUCUAUUACAAGCUAAGAAUCCUAGAUAUCUCAGUCGCUCACUUUUGCAGUUGAUUCCCUUUACGAUUAGCGUGCUACAAUCGUAUCAAGUCACAUUCACACACUCUUGUUUAUUUUGUUCAAAAAAUGAAGAAGAACAAAAUAGUAAACCGAAAAUAAUGCUAUUUGAAAUAUAAAUGCGACCGUAUUGAUGCGGGCCAAAUACAAAUCCGGUUAAACCAGUUAAAGCGAAAUUGGAAAGUAAUAGGAAGUGAUUAAGGUAAAUUAAUUAAGUAGUAUUAAUUAGCGUAACAUUAGCUGGGGGAUUAGACGACUUUGCCACCGUUGUUAAUACCUUCCUUGCCUUCUUUCUUUCGUUACCAUUUGCGUGAUCCCUAUCUUCUUUAUCUUCGCCCUCCGGAUUCUUCAAUAUUACUAAAUCUGCCAUCAUCUCCUCGAUUUCGAUGACGAUAGAGCCGACGCAAUCGCCGUCUUCGGAGCCGGAGGUUCACUCUGGAGAGGACUUCGUUCACAUCGAUGACCCUAGGCCUACCGGCGAUAUCUCUUUAAGCGACAGCAUAGUUAAUGUGGAGAAGGAUGAACUGCUCGACGAAGCGGCGGAGGAAGAAUUUAGAGGCUCCGAUUCUGUGUUUAGCGGCGGCGAUGGCGGUGGAGCGGAUGAUGAUGGCGGCGAGUGUUCAUCGGAGGCUACUAAAGUGGAGCUACCGGAGGAAUUGGCGAAAAGUGUUGUGAUUCUGACGUGCGAGUCAACAGCGGAUGGUGGAUCUUGCGAUGUGUACUUGGUUGGUACUGCUCAUGUAUCAAAGCAAUCCUGUCUUGAAGUUGAAGCAAUAAUCAGCAUCUUGAAACCAGAGGUUGUCUUCGUUGAAUUGUGUUCGAGCCGAUUGUCUGUUCUCAAACCUCAAACAUUGAAGAUUCCAACCAUGUCGGACAUGAUAGAAAGUUGGAAGCAGAAACAGAACACAUUCGGAAUACUUUAUGGAUGGUUUCUUGCAAAGAUCGCCAGUCAUCUUGAGGUUUUUCCUGGUGCUGAGUUUCGUGUGGCGUAUGAAGAGGCGAUUAAAUAUGGCGGCAAGGUGAUACUUGGUGAUCGUCCUGUACAGAUUACGUUAAAGAGAACAUGGGCCAAGAUGCCUCUAUGGCACAAGGUUAAGUUUUUAUACUCCAUACUGUUUCAAGCUGUCUUCUUGCCGGGCGCUGAGGAACUCGAGAAAAUGCUGAAAGAUAUGGACAAUGUGGAUAUGGUGACUUUGGUGAUUCAAGAAAUGAGCAAGGAAUUUCCAACUCUCAUGGAUACAAUUGUGCAUGAGCGAGACCAGUACAUGGCAUCCUCUUUGCUGAGAGUUGCAAGUGACCAUAGUUCGGUUGUAGCAGUUAUCGGAAAAGGACAUAUUAAUGGAAUCAAGAAGAAUUGGAAGCAACCUAUUACGAUGAAUGAUCUAAUGGAGAUACCAAGCGACAAGUCAGUGUUUACGUUAAAGAGAAUAAUAUCAUCAGUGGCAGUUGCAGUUGCAGGGACAGCUAUAGUUUCGGGUAUACUUCUUUCAAGAAGAAAGUGAAAAAGGAUUGUAAUUGGGGCAGAGUUUUUCUCUUCUUUCUCCUGAGCCAUACGAAGGAAUGAUACAAACUCAAAUAACUUUUACACUCGUUUACUCUUUCUUUUUUUUCUUUUUUUUCACUUCUGUACGUUUAUUGAUGAAAAUAAUAAAGCUUUUUUUUUGGUC